AUGAUGAUCAGCGAUGACCAUAAGCAUACGAUUGGACUUAUGCAACAACAACAGCCGUCGUCUUCAUCAUCCGUCAAUCAUCUUCAGUCGUCUAGUUUUACUAUUUAUGAUAAUAACCAUCAUCCUCAAUUAACACCAAAGAAAUCUAUUUCAUCAUCACGGAUUAGACUCGGUCUACGAUGUUUAUAUCCAUUAGAUGUCAACCAAAAGCAACAAUUCGAUCAGAUCUUUUCGUCUAAUGAAAAAUCAGCGAACAUUAGUGAAUGUAUAUUUAAUCAAUGUAUAUCACGUUUAACAACAAAUUAUAUCAAUACAUUAAUUAUACUUUCUGGUCAAUAUCGUGAAAUUAGUCAACUUCAAAGUACACUUAUAUCAUUGGCCCUCAAUCAUUUGUAUUAUUUUGUCACCGAGCAAAAUACAAAUUUAAGUUUACAGAUUAGUAUUGAAGAAUUUUCAAGCGAAACAACAAAAACCAUUCUUACGUCACGAGGAAAAUCUUUACUAUUAACCAGCGACUAUUCAGUGACUUGUCCUAUCCAAACAUUUCAAUAUAUCAAUCAUAUCUGUUCUAAUCAUAAAUCUUUUCCGCUAUUAAUAACAUUUCAUCUUAUUAAUCGUUUGUCAAAUAUCAAUUGUGUACAACUUCAUCUACUUUCAACAAAUGAUGAUAACGAUGAUGAAACACGAACAACUAAUAAUAAUAAUAAUAAUAGUCAAGAAGAAUUUUCUAAUCUUCUCAUGUCAUUGGCGUUAGCUUUGCCGUCAAAUAGACAGAAACAAUCGUACCAUUUGCCUAAUAAACGCAACAAUUAUAAACAAUCAUUAUUCUCUUUAACAUCAAUCUUGAGCGAAUUCGUGAUCAACAAUAUUGACGAACCUUUUUUGUAUAUAUUUGCAACUGUUAACAACGACAAACAAUUGAAAUAUUGGAGUAAAAUUCAACGAUUAUUUAGAACAAAACGUAAUCGAAUAAAGAUGUCUCGUGAUUCAGCUUCCAUUGAAACAGUGAUAAAUCGUCCUAAUGGAGAAAUAUGGGUUGAUGGCCCAUUAAGUUCUUCCAGUCAUAAAAAUGAAAUAUGGAUUGAUGGCCCACGUGAUUUUUGUCCUCGAUCGCCUAAAAUUUCUCAUCUAAAAUUGACACCCAAACAUCGUUCGAAAGUGAUGCUUACGAAACCUAAACAUCCUCCUACUGUACUUUCGCCCAGACACACAUUAUCACUCUAUGCUCAUAAUGAUAUUAUUGAUGAAACGGAAUUAUCAAAUGCAUUCGAAACUGAGUCUAUUGUUAGUUCGCAUUGCCACCUACCUGUUUUACCAGUAUUUAAAGAUCAUUCAUUACUUCCAUUUCGUCCGCCUCCAACACCUUCAAUUACGAAACCAGUUCUAUUAGAAUCCGUAAAAAUGAAUUUAAAAUUAAGUACGGAUCGAUUAAAUGAUGAUUUAGAAAUGCUAGAAAAAACACUUGAAACAUUAUUAGUACCAUCGCCUAUUGUUCCAAAUAAAAUCGAGAACGAACCAUUAAUGAGCCAAUCAUUAAACCGUAUGGAUCAAUUAUCAUCAACGAUGUCGAAUGAUGAAAAAAAUAAACGGCUAUCAAGAAUCGUAUCGCCAACACGUUUCGAUAGAAUUCUCUCGCCAGAAAAUUAUCCACCAUCUGUUCCCAGUUCACCCUACAUCAUGUCUAGAACUCGACAUUCACGAACACCAAAUCAUUUAACACAAUUAUCAAAAAAACCUCAAGUACCCGUACGUACAACAAGUCUAGCCGAAACCAAUCCUCGUCCGUCUAUAUUUCAACGCUUAUUCGGUUUACGUUCAUCAGCAAAUCCUCAACAGCCAGUUGUUGUUAUUCAAUCACCUCCAUCAUCACCUUUAAUAUCACCAUUAACAGUAACAUUAGAUUCUCAUGAUGAUCUAAUGCCAUUAACAACAAGUAGUACAGCUUCGUCUGCAUCUGGACGUGCUAGUUCAAGUGGUUAUGAAUCAAUGAGUAACACGAUAUUAGAAGAAAUGAUUGCUUCAAUACCCUCAAAUCUCACCAAUGGAACAAAUUCAAUUAAAACACGAAGUAAAUCAGUAAAGAAAGAUCGACGAUCGAAUAACACUGCAGUAUGGAAUAGUCCGAUAGUUCAUGAUAAAUCUCAUCAUCAACAAAGAUUAUCAGAAUUGAAACAUCGUCAAAAUGAACUGAAAUUGGAAUUAGCUAUGACAAAAGCAUUUUUACUCAUCGAUAAAAAUAAAAGUCUCGAUCAUAAUGAUUCUCUUAAUUCAACGAUGAAUAAUAGUCCACUACAUGCGGUUAUAUCAACUAGUUUUAAUGAAGAAAAAGAACUUGAAAAAGAUAUUGAGUAUUUGGAAAAACGUUUAGCAUCGGCUAAAUCACAAUUAUUAUUUCAUGCUUAUCAGAAAAAUAAACAAUUUAAAUCUUAG